UUCUCUCUCUCAACAAACAAUAACAAUCUCCGGCUCUUUGAAUUUGUUUCCUGUUUUACUUUUUGUUUAAUUAAUAUUAAUAUUUUUGCUAGAGAAUGGCUGGUCGAGGGAAAACUCUAGGAUCUGGUGCGGCGAAGAAAGCUACAUCGAGGAGUAGCAAGGCCGGUUUGCAGUUUCCUGUGGGUCGUAUUGCUAGAUUCUUGAAGGCUGGAAAAUACGCUGAGCGUGUUGGUGCCGGCGCCCCUGUGUAUCUUGCCGCUGUCCUUGAGUACCUUGCUGCCGAGGUACUUGAAUUAGCUGGAAAUGCAGCAAGAGACAACAAGAAGACCCGAAUUGUUCCACGACACAUUCAAUUGGCUGUGAGGAAUGAUGAAGAACUUAGCAAGCUGUUAGGUGAUGUGACAAUUGCCAAUGGAGGAGUGAUGCCUAACAUUCACAACCUUCUCCUUCCUAAGAAGACUGCAACUUCAGGUUCUAAGGCCUCUGCUGACGAUGACAGUUAAAUUCAAUAUCAAAGAGCUUAAGAGUAGCUCCAUUUAGCCAAUGUGUUUCCACUGUGAAAUUUGAUAUCUUUCUUGUUCGAUUUUAGUAGGUUUUUGUGUUCUUUAUUAGGUUUGGGGUCAUCUUUUGUGGUUGUGGAGGGCGUAGGUGUUUUAGUGUUAGGUUUUUUUUAGUUAGUGCUGUGAAUAUAAAUUCUCUCUGUUAUCUUGUAGCUCCUUUAAUAGAACAAAAACAAUUUGUGGGAAGAUAUUUUUUUCCAUAAUGACAAAUGAUGCAAAAGUCGGGUUUCCAUA